UAUUAGAAAUCAUUCGAGAAUGCUAUUCAAAAAAUGUUUAAGUGAGUUGACAUGGGGGAUUUCAGCUUCUAGCAGGUGUUUUUACCCUCUCAUGCUGAGUUCUAGAUGAGAUUUUUUAUCUGUCUUCUAACACACAUGUACAAGGAUGCUAUUUGAAAAAUGAUCGAGUGUCAGUUUUUGUAAUAGGAGAGAGAAUACUUACAAACCGAUAAUGAUGUGGGAGCACGUGUUGUUGAGGAGAAAUUUGAAUUUUUUUCGCCUUGUAGCACACUUUGCUCUCGCUCACACGAGCCUGGAACAGAGAGAGAAACGUAUGCUAUAUAAACAGAAGUGAUGAGAGGAAAAUUAUCAUUUACAUCAGAGACAGAUUCGAGUAUACUUCACACAUCAUACGAGAUGAGUUCUCCAUCAUCUUCUCAAUCGUUCAUCUUACCAGAUAGCCCACCAGCACACCAACACAUCCUCAACUACUGGCAGCGGAAAGCUACCCUCGCUGCUGAGUCGUCCGCUGCCGCAGCCACCCCCUCACCGCUCAGUGUGGAACCACCAUCACCAGGCGGGGAGAUCAUCGUCGGGGACAGCCCUCUUCAACGUCUAGCUCCAGCACCUACCUGGGCACUGCGGCGUGCGGUGCUGUCAACUCAACCCAGCAAGCAGCCGGUGAAGAGGAGGCUAGUUUUCGAGGAUGAGGGCGUGCUCACUCAAUCAAAGAAACGUGUGCCGGAAGAGGACAACUCGAUCGUGCCUCUCUUGAGGGAGGAGGAGGAGGAAGUGGAGAUAGAGGAUGAGAUGCAAUCGGAGAGCUUUCUGAGAUUAUUGAAUAGCCGCACCGAGAAGCCAUGGACGCCUCUGCACGAGCUGGAAGAGGGGUUGCCAUAUCCAAUAUGUGAUGUGAGAGAGGCGUCCAACCAGCACGGGCGGCGAAUUGUGCUCAAAAUCCGGGUACCCGGACUAUGAACAACAGAUGUUUAUCUUCCAGAAAGAUUUACCCGGAUUUUGAGCACAAAAGACAUUGAAAAUUUUAAAUUAAAGUGCAAAACCUUAUCUCUGUUUGUAAAGCAUGUUAAUGCUUUUAUGACUGACAUAAAAAUUGUUAAAUGCUAAAUUAGCAUUUAACAAUUUUUAUGUCACUAAGCAUCUAGCAUUAACAUGCUUUACAUGUUAAUAUGUAUGUGUCAGUAGUGUUCAAUAAAUUGUAAUAUUGUUUCUAUAAAAAUUGUUUUCAAUUCUUACCUGUUCACAAUGAAUAGUAGAAACACACAGAAGAAGAAAUUCUGGUUCAGCUGCUCUGUUGUGAAUGAUAUUUAAAUAAGGUGAGCGCACCUUUUAUAGUUUGUUGUGAGCAUGCUCAGUAGUCUUUACCGCUACACAGCCGUACACCCAAGUGGCGCUGGCUUCUCGCUCGCUCCCUACUACAUCUGUUUUGGCACGUGUUCCUUCAGAUGUGGGUGGGCGCACCUC